UCGGAAGUAAAGCAAAGCGCUGUGUCCCGCCAUGUGCGUUUUCCAGUUCGGGAAACGCAGCAGCCGGCACCCGGUAGCAGCUGUGAGUGCUGGCGAACGUGGAGAGCUGCUGUUUGUUACGGACUCUUGCUCCGGACGUCGUUUCUUGGUGGACUCUGGCGCCCAGAAGAGUUUGGUUCCCCCCUCCGGCUCAGAGAUGUCCACCGGUGGACCGCCGCUGUGUGCGGCUAACGGAUCUGCUAUCGGGACUUUUGGGACCAAAAGGACAACUGUAUGUUUUCGUGGACGUAAGUUCAAUUGGGAAUUUGUCGUUGCCUCCGUUUCUGUUCCCAUCAUCGGUGCAGAUUUUUUGUGUGCACAUAGUUUGUUGGUGGACAUGGCUAACCGCAGACGAAUAGACGCAAUCACUUUUGCCACUGUCCCGUGUGCAGCUGGGGGGUCUGGGCCUGUCAUGCGCGCGCAUUUUUUGUCAUGCGAUGACGUUUUUCAGAGUUUGUUGGCUGAGUUUCCAUCCUUGACCACCCCCGCCUUUUCCUCCACUGUGGCUAAGCACGGCGUGGAGCAUUUCAUCCCCACUAAGGGCCCGCCAGUUUUUGCUCGUGCACGGCGCCUCGAUGCGGUAAAACUCUCCAUCGCUAAGGAGGAGUUCGCCACCAUGGAAAGUCUGGGUAUCGUGAGGCGCUCUAACAGCCCGUGGGCGUCGCCCCUCCACAUGGUGCCCAAGGCAGAUGGUUCCUGGCGCCCGUGCGGGGAUUUUCGCCGUCUGAACGACGCUACAACACCUCACCGUUAUCCCAUUCCCCACAUUCAGGAUUUCUCGGUUCGUUUGUGCGGCGCCUCAAUUUUUUCCAAAGUGGACCUGGUGCGCGGCUACCAUCAGGUUCCUGUGCGGGCAGAAGACGUGCCUAAGACUGCGGUGAUCACUCCUUUUGGUCUUUUUGAGUUCCUGCGCAUGCCCUUCGGUCUAAAAGGUGCAGCCCAAACCUUUCAAAGGUUAAUGGACUCCAUGCUACGCGGUCUCGAGUUUGUGUUCGUCUAUCUACACCAGUGUUUUUCAACCAGUGUGCCGCGGCACACUAGUGUGCCGUGGGAGAUGGUCAAGUGUCUUCUUUCUGCCGUGGCUCAGAAAAGGUUGAAAAACACUGAUCUAGACGACAUUUUGGUGGCCAGCCCCUCCCCUGAAGAGCAUCUCAUGCACCUAAAGGAAGUUUUCCAGCGGUUGGAAACCCACGGCUUGAUCGUUAACCCGGCUAAAUGCCAGUUUGGUUUGUCAGCCAUUGAUUUUUUGGAUCAUCGAAUUUCAGCGCAGGGUGCGGUUCCUCUUCCCAUCAAAGUUCAGGCCGUGGCAAAAUUUCCCCGUCCUGAAGUGGUUAAGUCCCUACAGGAGUUCUUGGGGAUGGUGAACUUUUACAACCGGUUCAUUCCCCGGGCUGCCCACCUGCUUUAUGACAGUUUGCGUUCAAAGAAAGCGUUUGCAUUUGACGGAGCUAAGUCAGCCUUAGCAAAGGCUGCACUCCUCGCGCACCCAGACCCAGAUGCUGAGAUCGCACUGACUACUGACGCUUCAGACAUAGCAGUGGGUGCUGUGGUAGAGCAGCGAGUGGCGGGCGCUUGGCAGCCUCUUGCAUUUUUUAGCCGCAAGUUGCAGACUCGGGAACGCAAGUAUAGUGUUUUUGACCGCGAGUUGCUUUCUCUGUAUUUGGCAACUCGACAUUUCCGUUUUUUGUUGGAAGGACGUUCUUUCGUUGCCUUUGUGGAUCAUAAACCACUUACGUUUGCCAUGGCUAAGGUGAGUGAACCUUGGUCUGCGCGCCAACAGCGCCAUCUGGCGGCCAUUUCUGAGUUUACGACUGACAUACGUCACGUAGCCGGAAAGUCCAACACCGUUGCUGACUGCCUCUCACGCGUACUCGUCUCCCCGGUGCUUGUUGGGACGGAUUUUUCUGCUAUGGCCGCCGAGCAGCCUGGUGAUGCAGAUAUUCUUGCCCUCCGCUCUGGUAGUUCGGGCCUCAAGCUUGAGGAGAUUUUGUGGCAAGAUGGUGGUCUAAGGCUACGUUCACACUGCAGGCUGAAACGACCCAAUUCCGAAUUUUUUCUGCAGUGUGAACGUAGCCUAACUCUCCUGUGUGACGUUUCCACAGGACGGCCACGGCCAGUGGUUCCUGCCGGGUGGCGGCAGCGCAUUUUUGAAUCUGUUCACUCCCUCUCCCACCCAGGUGUACGUGCGUCUGUAAAGCUGGUUAGUUCCCGUUUUGUGUGGCCUGGGUUGCGUAAGGAUGUGAAGGGCUGGGCCGCGGCUUGCGUUGCAUGUCAGCGCGCCAAAGUUCACCGGCACACAAAAGCCCCCCUAGAACCUUUCCCGAUCCCAGCCAAGCGUUUUGACCACGUUCACGUGGACUUGGUUGGCCCACUGCCUCCCUCGAAGGGUUUCACACAUUUGUUAACAAUGGUGGAUCGGACCACCAGGUGGCCUGAGGUAGUUCCUCUGUCCUCCACUACAUCUGCUGACGUGGUCGGUGCUUUUCUCUCUGCCUGGGUUGCCCGUUUUGGUCUACCGUCAGACAUUACUUCAGACAGGGGCCCCCAGUUCACUUCGGAGCUUUGGUCAGGAAUGGCGCGAUCUUUAGGGGUGCAGGUGCACCGUACUGCAGCUUAUCAUCCUCAAGCGAACGGGCUGUGUGAGCGUUUCCACCGUUCUCUUAAGGCUGCCCUCCGUGCAGCGCUCACAGAUGACUGUUGGUUGGAUCGUUUGCCGUGGGUCCUACUAGGGCUACGCUCAGCUCCUAAGACCGACCUAGACGCGUCCUCCGCUGAGUUAGUGUUUGGACAGCCGCUCCGAAUUCCUGGGGAGUUUUUAUUAGAGUCGUCUGCCCCGGGCCCCCGUUUACCGUCGGCUCCUGGCCCCGUGCACCACUGCGUCCCACGGUCAUUUAUGCCUUCAUCGCUCCAGUCAGCCCAGUUUGUUUUUGUCCGACAUGACGGCCACCGCUCGCCCCUUCAUCCCCCCUACGAUGGUCCGUUUCGUGUCCUGGAGAAGGGGGACAAAUGUUUUGUCCUGGACAUGGGUGGGCGCAGAGACUUUGUGACAGUGGACCGGCUGAAACCAGCGUUUGUGUUGACAGGCGACACUGUGCAGCCAGCUCGAGUUCCUCGCCGGGGGUGUCCUCCUUCCAGACCCCCAGAUCUGCCACGCUCUACAAACAGCGUCCCACAGUUGGCUCCACAGGCUGCGGGUCGACAUAGCCGUUUUGGCAGACUCAUUAAACGCCCUUGCAGAAUGGGUUUUGACAGUUGAGUUCCUUUCUGGGUGUUCGG